CGGCAUCAUCGUGACGAGCCGUCCAGCAGUCCGCUAUGGAGGAGGAUCCCGAGCUGGAGAGGAAGGCUGUGGAAGAGUUACUGAAGGAGGCAAAACGUGGGAGAACCAGAGCUGAAACAAUGGGAGCGAUGGGCUGGUUGAAAUGUCCUCUUGCUGGUGCAAACAAAAGGUUUCUUAUUAAUACCAUCAAAAACACAUUACCGUCUCAGAAAGAACAAGACCAAGAACGUGAGCAAAAGGAAGUCAGCAAGGAGCCAGAGCCAAACAAAAGCAGGAAAGAAGAAAAACCAAAGAAACACAGAAUUCACCCAUACACACCCAGCUUUCAGUCCAGAAGGAGAGUCAGCUACUCUCCUCCUAGGCACCGAAGCAGGAGCCAGCACACAAAGGAUAAGUAUGAAAAGCGAUCUAGCAAACGGUGAAGAGAGGUGAAUAUGUGUUGUUACAAUCCAAGAAUGUCAUUAGACAUCAGACUGCAGGGAUGUUUUGGCCUUUUCAGAAGGAGAU